AUGUCGGCUUCUACAAGCACAAGACGCAUAUCACAGCGCCAGCCUCUUGCAUGUCGGGAGUGCACCAAAAGUAAACGAAAAUGCAGCAAAACAAUUCCCUGUACGCGAUGUAGUCGGCUGGGCCUAGGCUGCUCACGCGAGAUAGUCCAACUGCAGCGAAUUGCAGCGCGACACGGAGCUGAAGUGCAGUUCCUCGAGUCACUGGCCAAGGAUUUGGAUUCACUCCUUGAAACGACAUCCAGCACAGCAAUUCUGCAGCUCCCACAGAUCAUAGCUACGGUCCGCGAUAGGAUAUUCCUGCUUCAGACAGGCCGGGAAGCAUCGUCUGAACAACCACCCCCCGCACCCGGACAAUUACCACUGCCGCCGCCUGCAGCAGGCAACGAAACACAGAGCCAUGUGGAACCAGAGGGUUCAUCGCUGCUCACGGCCAUCGAGCAUUUGGCCUGGGGCAGAGACUCUGCCGGGUGCUUUCCACAUCUGAAGUGCGGAUGUCAGUAUAGUCGGCCUGUGGGUGUCAAGACCAACCUCCUCUCUUCUCAACCUCCACCUAGCCUCGGUGUGGAUGCCUCCAGCGCAGAGAAGCUUAUCAGGUUCCAUCUCUGUCAUAUGGCUUGGCACCAUGACUGCAUCCAUGCACCGACCUUUCUCGAGCAGUGUGAGAAGUUCUGGCGGACGGGCGAGAUCGACCAUCCGUUGUGGAUGGCUCUCUACCUCUCGGUGCUUGGAGCGACGAUCUUCGCCAUGCGCAUCAGCAGUCGGGCCAAGGCCGCCGUCGAUGUCGACCUAGACCAGCUGCCUCCGGCGGAUCAUUUCCUGACCGCCAUGCUAGAAGCCCUCUACACCGGCCACUUCCUCGAGGACAUGUCGAUCUACUCGUUGCAGGCCAUCGUGAUCUCCACGGAGAUCGCCCAUAACCUAGGCCGGAGCCAGCUGAACGCCACCUUGUUCAAAGCCGCCGUCCGCAUCGCGGAGUGUCUCGGGGUCCAUCGAAUCCGCGAUCAUCCCAACGGGGGCGCAGGGCUCGACAGCGAAGAAGCAUGGCUCGAGACCGUGCAGCGGGAAGUCGGGAAGAGGGUGUGGUGCCAAAUGGUGAUCCAAGACCACUUCGCCAUCCCCUUCACCGAUACCUACAGCAUCUCGCCCUCCCAGUACUCCACGGCUCCCCCACGGAACGCAGACGACUACGACCUCACCGACCUGCCGUCCACCGUCCCCACCGUCAGCAGCUACGUGCGGGCACUGCGCCAGAUUGCCGACCUCAUGCCCUCCCUGAUCGACGGGCUGGGUGCGAUGAGCCAGCCGAAACCCCUCCGCGAGCAGUACACCCACGUCCUGCGGCUGGACCAGCACAUGCGCGCCGUCGUCAAGGGCUUCCCUGCCUUCCUCCUCCAGCCCGAUCCCCAAGCAGAACUCGACAUCCCGUGGCUAGCCAUCGCGCGCCGCAGCCUCGCCAUCACCGCCGCAGAGAAGAUCAUCAUGAUCCACCGCCCGUUCCUGUUCCUGUCGUUUCAAUCGGCGUCCAAGUACCAGCACACGCGGCGCACAUGCGUCGCUGCCGCCCUGACCAUCCUCCGCGAGCAUGAAACUAUCAUCAAUCAGGGCGAUUUCUUCGUCUGGACGCAUUCCGCAUUCUGUAUUACCGCCGCUAUUAUCCUCUGCUUUGAAGUCAGCAGCAGCAGCAGCGGCAACACCACCACCACCACCAACAACAAUAACACCAACUACACCAACAGCGCGAUCCACGAGACCAAUAAAUUCCGCCUCGCAAUCCAAGCAGCCCGCAACCGACUUGCGGAGCAAAAGUGCGAUAUCCUCGCUCAACGAGGCGUUGCGCUUAUUGAUGCGAUCUUCGCGUCAGAGGGCAACCUGGACCUCGAUUUCUAUCGCGCGCCUCGGCUUGAUGGGUACCGAUACCGUGGAUUUCGAGACGUGGUUUAA